AUGAUUCAACGGCUUUUUCUGUUCCUGGACUCCUCCUUCCUCACUUGUAGUCUGCAGAGAAGGAAGGAGGAAAGGAAGGAUGGGAGGAGGCACUUGCCGCGGUUGGUUCCUGCCCAGAAGCAGGUCCGCUCCUGCCUUUCUGCAGUUCGUGCCUGCCCGUCUGCUGUGACCUGCUGGCGCUGCCCGUCUGCCCACCAACAUCCGUACUCCGUACCUAUCCACCGGGGCCAAAGUCCACCCACCUCAGAUUGGAUCCUACCCUUCUCCAUCCACCUAUUAACCUUGUUCCCCGAGAUGUGCCUUCUUGCAACUUCCUCCACAACUUCGACCUGCCGGCUAUCGAAUAGCAUCGCCUCUCCUUCCAAGAGACUCCUCGUCUCAAGUCAUUCCUUAUUCACGCACUCAACCCUUGGGUUCACUGAGUACGCCAACAUUCCUAACAAACCCAGUCACAUCUCGCAAGUCGAGUCAAAGAACAACCUGGGCCCUAUCCAUACACCACUGGGACAUUCCUACAUUACUUUUACCAGCCACUUGCAAUUCUCUUCGAGGCCGAACGACACUAGAACAAACAUGAAGUCUUACACGGUUCUCAUGCUGGCUUCGGCCGCUGUUACCCAGGCCAUUCAACAGUGCUCCGGCACGGCCAAGGAAGAGGGUGGUAACUGGUUUUGCGGUGCUGUCGAUCAGAUCUUGUAUUCCAAUGUCGGUCACCCUGGCACUUACAAGGCUGUCAACCACAUGGGUGACGAUGGUUCUUGCACCUUUGAGGAUGUUGCUUUCUCAGGCCCCCUGGCCCCUUUCAACGAGGAGCUUAUGCCCGUCUUCCGUGGUCCCAUGCAGCUGAAGCAGGUUGCUAUCUACAGCCUGUCUUCCAAGGCCAAGCGCUCCCCUGCCGCUUCUCACGUCCACGCCCGCCGCCAUGGCCAUCACGGUCACCAGCACCUCCACAAGAAGUCGGUCGAGUCUCCUAAAGAGGAGCCCAAGGAGGAGAAGCGCGGCGAAGACUGGGUCGUUGCGGAAAUCGACGGCAAGGUCGUAUCCUGGAUCAACAACUACUUUGGCCCUACCCCCGCAGCACCUCCUGCUGCUGCUGCGACCCCUGCUGUCGCUCCUGUUGUUGCGCCCAGCCCUACUCCCACUCCUUCUCAGCCCCCCGUCGCUGCUGCUGUUCCUCAGCCUGCUAGCUCCAAGGCUGCUUCAAGCUCUGGCUCUGGCUCUGUCAGUGGUGACUACGAGCGUGUCGGCUACUACAACGCUGAUCAGGGUGUUGCUGACGGCAUCGUGUUCCUUGGCAACUACGGUGGCCAGCUCUCUGGAAAGUUUGACAACGUCUUUGGCAACUCCUUGUCCUACCUGAAUGCCGCGGGUACUGGCGGUGCCGCCUCACCCGAGGUCUUGAAGCCGAUCACCCUCAAGUCCAACCAGGAGUUCCUGAUCGCCAGCGACAAGUCAUGCGACGAUGGUGGCUGUGGAUACUCUCGCCCUGGCUCCGUUGCAUACCACGGCUUCAAGGGUGAGGACUCAGUCUGGCUCUUUGAGCUGAGCAUGCCUCUCGACGGAACCACUGGUUUCAACGCCGACAUGUCCGCUCUUUGGUUCCUUAACGCUCGCAUCCCCCGCGUUGCUCAGUAUAGCACUUGCUCCUGCUGGCCUGCUUGUGGUGAGCUCGACAUUCUCGAGGUCCUCGCCACUGGCGAUACCAAGUGCAAGUCAACCAUCCACUCCAAUGUCCCCGGCGGCUCAUCGGACUACUUCGACCGACCUACUGGCGCUCCCGCCAAGGUCGCUGUUGUCCUAGAUGGUGAUUCUGGCCAGGUCUCAGUCAAGAUGUUGGACUCUAGCGUCAACUUGAGCUCUGGCAUCACCCGCUCCCAGGUGGAGGGCUGGCUCUCUGCCAACUCCGUCUCGACCGCAAGCACCGGCGGCAAGAGCAACAGGGUCUCCUUGUUCGCUUUGUCAUCUUGA